UCGGGGCGCAUGGCCCGGGCCGGGGACGUGGCUGGCACGGCGCGGAGCGGGAAGGCGCGGACCGGGACAGCGCGGUUCGGGGCGCCGUCAUGAAGCAGCAGAGCGUGCGCACCGCCGCGCUCGUCCUGUGCAUCCUGUCCUACCUGCUGGUGGGCGCCGCCGUCUUCGAUGCGCUGGAGUCCGAGGCGGAGAGCGGCCGCCAGAGACUGCUGGCCCAGAAGCGGAGAGAGCUUCGGAGGAAGUACGGCUUCUCGGCCGAGGACUACCGCGAGCUGGAGCGCCUGGCGCUGCAGGCCGAGCCGCACCGCGCGGGCCGUCAGUGGAAGUUCGCCGGCUCUUUCUACUUCGCCAUCACGGUCAUCACGACCAUCGGCUAUGGCCACGCCGCGCCAGGCACCGACUCGGGCAAGGUCUUCUGCAUGUUCUAUGCGCUGCUGGGCAUCCCCUUGACGCUCGUUACUUUCCAGAGCCUGGGCGAGAGGCUGAACGCGCUGGUGCGGCGCCUCCUGCUGGCGGCCAAGCGCUGCCUGGGCCUGCGGCGGCCGCACGUGUCCACGGAGAACAUGGUGGUGGCGGGGCUGCUGGUGUGCGCGGCCACCCUGGCCCUCGGGGCCGCCGCCUUCGCGCACUUCGAGGGCUGGACCUUCUUCCACGCCUACUACUACUGCUUCAUCACCCUCACCACCAUCGGCUUCGGCGACUUCGUGGCGCUGCAGAGCGACGAGGCGCUGCAGAGGAAGCCGCCCUACGUGGCCUUCAGCUUCCUCUACAUCCUGUUGGGGCUCACGGUCAUCGGCGCCUUCCUCAACCUCGUGGUCCUGCGCUUUCUGGCGGCCAGCACCGACGCGCCCGAGCGCGCUGCCCACCGCGCCAGCCCGCUCCGCCUAGGGGCGCCGGAGAGCCACGGUUCCGCCCUGCCCCGGCGCCCGAUGCGCCCCGAGGGCUCCUCCGUCUCCUCCCGCGUCCACCAGCUGGAGAUGUGGGCCCGAGACAAUCUGGGCUUCUCGCCCCCUGCAAGCCCUGGGGCUAUGGGUGGCUGCGGCGGGACAGGCAAGCUCCAGGUGCGGCGGAAGUCCGUCUGAACGGACUUCCUGUAAGUGCACCUCUCUGCCCGGAGCCCGGAGAGGGGUGAGAUGGCCGCAGAGCCAUCUGCUGCCACAGCAGGCUCUCAUUCCCUUCUGCGGCUAGCCACUCCCUCCUCUCCAAAAAGAAAUUAAAGUCCCACCAUCACACAAGCACGACUCUAAAGUCACCUCGUAGGUGCAGAUCCCUGUGGUCCAAACUGUUUUAGGAAGGCACAACCAAGUCAGUGCCCUAAGAGGGGCUCUCCACAGCCCACGUCACCAUCUGUCCCUCCGGAGUGGGAACGGGCGGCUAUUCUGCACGAAGGGGCCGGCUUUCCGUGCUGCAGGGGAAACGCUCCAUUUCCAACGCUGGAAUCCUACCCGGGAGGCCGGCUGCUCACACCACGAGCAGCACAGACAGGAGGUGGACCAACGAGAACCACCCACCACCCAGCGAGGACCGGCGGUCGGACCACCGCACUAUUUAGACGAUCGCGUUCUCUUGUUGGGCACGCACAGUAGAUAGGACUUGGCCCCCAUGGGAAUGAAGCGCGCUCUUUGCCCACCCAACUGGACGUUCUGUCUUCGGCCAGCCCCACUUCAGGACGAGGGGGCCUUGCUGACGCCCAGCAUGUCCCUGGGGCCACCUGGGCACAGCCGGGUGAGACCAGCUCUUGUCUGGGGGUGUGAGAACGGGGUCUUGCCAGUAACCCAAAUGUGAGUUUGGGGCAUCUCAUCCCCUACCUGGUCCUCAGUGAAAUCUCAUCUGUAAAGUGACUGGGUUCAUCCCGAAUCCUGCUCCCUCCCAGGCACCACUGUAAGGGCUCC